AUGGCCGCCGUCGCUCUCAUCUUCUUCCCCAUGGUGCCGCCACCCUCCUCUGCUCCACCUCGGCUCGCCGCCCCGGAGCCCGUGAACCGCCUCGGCGCCCUCGCCGUCGACCGAGCCGCCGAGCCGCAGCAGAACCGCGGCCACGACGUCGCCCGCGCCUCAGCCACGCCCCUGCUCCGAGUCCUAGGCCGACGCGCGCACGUCGCCAUCAGCCGCGCCCUCGGUGCCACCCUCGCCGCGCCGAGCCCCGGCGACCGUGGCUGCGACCUCGCCCCGACGCGUCCCCGUCCUCGCCAUGGUCACCGCGUCAAGCUUCGCCCUCGCCGCGCCGAGCCCCGACCCCGCGACGUCGCCUACGGCCUCACCGAGCCCGGCGUCGAGCCUCGACGCGUCCACGUCCUCGCUGAGCCACGGCCUCGCCCGACAACGUCGAGCCCGCUGCCCGGAACAACGGCGCCCUCGCCCGCGACCCCGCCACCGAGCCGACCGCGCCGGUGUCGACAGCAAGCCCCGCGACGCCGUGCGCCCUCGCCCGCGACCCCGACACCAAGCCGCCGAGCAGCAGCGAACCGCGAGCACGACGUCAAGGCCCUGCGACCACACCAGCAGCGACCCCGGGUCCUCAUCGCCAAGCCCCUGCCGCGCCGAGCUCGUGGUCCAAGCCGGCACCUUGGGCACCGACCUCGCCCCGGCCACGCACCGAGACAGAGCCGCCCAGCACUGACGCUGCCGAAGCCCUCGAUGCCGAGCUUGCCGCGGUCACCACGCCCAUGGUGA